AUGGAAGGGGAAGGUAACAUGGAAAAGGUUAAGGAGAUGCUCCAAAGAUACUCUUCUCGAGGUGGGUCAUUCUCUGAGGGAAGCUUUCUGUCUGACAUAGAUAUGUCGGAUGCAUCUUUUGGAUCCUGGGAAGAGGAGUUGGUAGGUAGAAUUAUGAAGUCGCUCAGACACUGCAAGGAGAUGGCGGAAAUGGGGAGAAGAAGGAAAAUACGUCUCUCACCCAAGGAGACAGCAGAAUGUGCAUUGAUAUUGGAUAGCAUCAAAAGGAACAUUAAGGGAUUUGGAGAGACAAGGAAAAAUUGGAUACUCUGGGGUAUCCCGAUAGGCCUUUCCUUCCUUGGAAUAGCAUAUAUUUCUGCCAAGUAUUAUUUUUAG